CCUCCUGCGAUGUACGCACAGGACCCCACAAACACAAUGCUACCAGCGCGUCGACCUGUAAGCAGGUCAGUCACUGCCAACGCUUCAUUAUACCUGGUUUGACAAUGAUAAGGUAACUGGUGGACAUAUGGAACAGGCCAACAGCCAGUGUCGAGAAUCACCUCCGCCUUGGCUUGGGCCUGUCCUGCGCCUCUUUAGUUGCAGUACUUUGGGUCAAGACGUGGUGUCUGGUGGCUUGGAAGGCAGCCAUGGCGUUGGGCUUGGCGGAUGGCGCCGGCAAUGUGCGCGUGUCCACCGCAAACCUGCGUCUGGAGCUGCGGCAGGAGGAGGAGCAGCAGCAGCUGCGCGGAUGGGCGUGGAGGUGCCCAUCAAGCAGCGAGGGCAUGAACGAGGCGACGUGGCAGCGGGUAGCGCAGUGGGAGAUGCUGCACCGCGGCGAGUGCGACACGCCAACAGUACUGCGCUUCCAGGCCAAGCCGCACGACCUCAGGCACGCCCACUCUGGCCGCGACGCAGUUGCAACACGUUGCAAAGUGGACGAGCGUUCGCUGCGGUGGGAAGGCCUGCUGACCUGUGAUACCUUCUUUGCCUUCGCGUCAGCACAGCAAAGCCGUGGCGCGGUGCAGUGUGGUCAUGUGCCGCUGGGCGCGCGAGGUCAUCCGGCUCGCGGCAACCUGGCCGACCAGGACGCGCCGGCGGCCCGCCCGCACUUGCAACCGCGCGAUGUGGCCGAGAUCUCGACAUUGACGUGUACGCCAUCGCUUGCGUUGUCAAUGCAAUGUGUCUGGGCUCCAGCACCAGUGCCACAGACGGACUGCUGCACCGCCGCAGCCAAGAGGCAGCGGAGGGGCGCCAUCAGCGGCAUCGGCGGCAGCGGCACAUACAGCCGGCGCCGCCGGCGGACCCAGCCCCCGGCCGCGGGCGUCGCAGCCGCGUCAGCAGCGCAGUCGCGCGGUGUGAGGAUGUCACGGCGGAAGCCACGCCCAGCCCCUGCAGCCGCCAGCUCGCUGCAUGCUUCGGCUUCUGAGCACACACUGCCCAUGCAUACGAACCCGCUUCAGGUCGCCGCCGCGCUGGCCCCCAAGCUGGAGUCCAGCUCGGACCGCUCCGACGUAUGCACGGGCAGCGGCUCAUCCGCCGGCUUUGGCGACACUGCACUCGGUAGCGCCAGCGAUGGCGCCCUUUCCGCCGUCGUCCGUAAGGACAGCAGCAGCACCACCACUACCGACGCCAGCACCAACAGCGGUCAUGUUUGCCCUAACGCCUCCAAGGGGGCACGGUCACCAGGCACUGUAAAGCUAGAGGACGAGGCCUGCAUGGACGACCAGAAGGUCAAGGCCUUCAUGAAGCAGCACGGCCUUCCGCUCUGUAUCCCCGAGCGCGAGCUGGGCAAGGGCGCAUUCGGCCACGUGGAAAUGGUGAUCAUCACCCUGCCUGACGGCACCACCAUCAAGGCCGCACGCAAGACCCUGCACGCGUGUGAGACCAAGGGCGCUGUGGCCGCACUACGCCGCAUACUGAACCAGGAGCUGGCAGGGCUGGCUAUGCGGAGGGCGGCUCCGUAGAGAACCUGCUGAACGCGCUGGCCAAGGAGCACUUUGAUCGCAUUGACAACGCGCCCGAGCGCCGGCGCACCGGCAAGAACAAGGACAAGUUUGAGAUGCUGCCGUACCCCGGCAACACGCUCAUGGAUGAGGCUGACCUGAAGGGCAUGCUGCGUGCCAUGGCGCCCUUCAUCAAGCACCUGAA